GCAGGAAUUCACGCGUCGACGACGGCGACGAGAGGCUGCCCUUAUCACUUCCCAGGGCCGAUCCAGGGCAAGCCUGUGGACCGCAGCCGGCGCAAUCAUGAACCGAGGAGGAAUGAUAAGGUUAUCUAAGCGUCGUUUCGCGACUACCUGCGACGCGUUCCUGGAGGAUUACGCCAAGCAUCAUGUAUCCCUAUCCCCCCUGCAGCGUGCGCUCCUCACGGUGGGCUCGGCGGCUAUAUCAUUGGCGAAUCCAUUUCGGGGUGACAUGAUAGCGUGCCUCGGAGAAACCACCGGUACGAACGCCCUCGCGCACUGUCACCGACAGAUGAAGAGUACGAGCGAGGGUAGGCGUAUACUCGCGGAAAAGCCUCGUGUAAAUACGUCCACCGUCAACCUCUCUUACCUUAAAGACCUGCCACCAGGAACCGUGGGCAGAACGUAUCGCGAUUUCCUGGGCGACAAUAAUGUCUCGCCUGAUGAUAGAGUCGCGGUGCAAUUCGUCGACGAUAUUGAGCUGGCCUACGUGAUGCAACGGUAUCGUGAGGUGCACGAUAUCUUUCACGCUAUGCUCCUAAUGCCGACAACGAUGCUGGGAGAGGUGUCGGUUAAGUGGGUAGAGGCUUUGCAAACGCGUUUGCCGAUGUGCUUAACUGGCGCGAUAUUUGGAGCCAGUCGGUUACGUUCUAGACAGAGGCAAUUAUACUUGGAUCAUUAUCUCCCAUGGUCUAUAAAUAUCGGAUUGAACGCAAAGUUCUUGUUAGGAGUAUAUUUCGAGGAGCGCUGGGAGCAAUCCCUCGAGGAUUUUCAUAAAGAAAUGAAUAUCGUACGCCUCGUAUGAACUGUAACAUAUAAUAACUAUUGAUAAAGUUGUAAGUAAUUAUUAAAAUAAUUAUUUGUUGGUUAUUAAAUAAAAAAGAAAAUUCU